CUCAUGCGUAGAUAACGUAACCUUAUUUUAGGUUCGCGAUAUGUCAAACGUCGUUUGCAAGCAUAUCGAUAUACUCACUUGCAAGAUGUCAAAGAUAAAGCAAGUCGAUUCUUCCACAAUGAUUUGACUGAAAGGUAAAAAAAUGUCUUCUAUUUUAUCUACAGUUUAAAAAGCUGCAUUUUGUAGGAACUAAAAAUACAUGCCAUAACAUGAUACAACCUUUUCUCGAGGAAGGUGCCUGGUGUUACUGGGUCGUCUCUAUUGGGGCAUUGCUGUGCUUCCUUGGUCUCAUUGUUGCUUGUAUUUGCAGCUGCCGACGUAAUGAGAACAAGAAUGAAUUUCUUGGCCUCGCUGGAAUGGUAACUCUAAACAAUUCUGACAAUGAUGGCUUUAAUGGAAUUCCAAUGGCUGAUGCCCUCUCUAUAGCUACGCAUGAUAUUGUUGACAAUGGGAAAAGGUCAACAAGUGCUAAUAGAAGUCUUCCAGAUAUUCCAAAAGAUAAAGAAAAAAAGCAUGAAAAUACAGAUGUAUUUGUAUCUCAAGAUAUUUACGAAAUCACUGAAACGAUUGGUGAUCAUUCGGAAUUGUACGCUACAGUACGGGAUACAGGGAAAGAAGAAGCAUCUGAAUUGGAUGUGCCAGAAAUUUUACAUCAAAAUCCAUUGACUCAAGAAAGCUCAGAUGAUCAGUAUUUAAGAUUUGCAUCAUCUCCUAAUUCAGACAAUGUUGAACAUCCAUAUGCUCAACUUCAAAACAUUCAAAAAUCUGAGGCUAGUCGAUCGAGUCGAAAUAAUAUUAAACAAGUCAUCGAUGUUGAGAAACCAUCGACGUCGACGGCUCAAAUUAAUGGAAACCCAGUUGCACCACCAAGAACACGGCGGUCCUCAUCACAUAAUUCGCUUCUGUCCACUGAAUCCACUGGUCCGUGUGAUAUUCAGGCGGCUAAUGCCAUAUCUGGUGGAGUACAAGCUAAUCAAGAUUUACCUUAUAUGACACCGCCAUUGUUGAUGUUGCUUUCACAACCAUUGCAAUCUCAGUCGAACAGUCCGCAACAACAUUUUAGCGGAGAUUCUCAAGAUUCUAAAGGAUACACAAGCAUCAGCGUAAGAGAGCCUCUAGCUAAUAUAAUCGCACAAACAAAAACAAUUUGUCAACAGAGUCAAUCUAUCCGACCAUUCACGGAUCCCCAUUACGCGACUGUGUCGGAUGAUUCUGAUGAAAUGUAUGCUGCAAUCGAUGAACAAGAUAAGGUAUACACUAGUGGUAGCGAAACAUACGCACAAAUACAACCGACGAUAACAGAGUUUCAACGUGUACAAAAUGAGCAAACGUUAUUCACUCGAGUUCCAUCUCGUUCAGAUGAAACAUUCCCUGUGCCACAACCUCCAAGUGUCGAUAGUUUACGGCAUGUUGCACAUGCUCAUUCAAGGCAAGCUUCCUCUUCAAGUGCAAAUAGCUCCAUCAUAAAUCCUGGAUCCCCGAAGCCAGAGAAACGUCAGGCUAACUCUCCGUUACCACUUCCACCGGAAGGAACCGCGGAAGUAUACGCAUCAAUUGAGAAAAGGGCAAAGAACGAGGAUCGACUUAAAUUAGCAUUAUCUAAUGGAAAAUCUCUAGAAGAUAUGUACGCGAAAGUAAUGAAAAAGAAAAAAGACGUGGAAGAACAACAAAAUGAUACACAUUCGAUUUCUCAGGGAAAUUUGCAUUCUGAAUUGUUCGACGUUAAUUCUGUUCAGAAGCCAUGCCUUAUUGAAAGUAAUAAUAAGGUUUUAUUGUGUAGUCAUGAUUCCAUGGAGAUACAGAAGGAGGAACCCGAUAUUCUUAAUGAUAAUAAUCUUCAUCAAAGUGCGGAAGAAUCAAUAAAAUCAUAUUGUUCGACGUUUAGGAGUAGCAACGAUACGGAUCCAGUACAUUUUCAACUUGAUCAUGGCUAUGAAACCAUGGAGAGUGAUUUUCUUAAGAAACAUUCAAUGGUUAGAGAAUCCUGUGACCCGAACUAUCAGGUGUUAUGCCCUCAACAGUGUGUCACUCUGGAAAUUGUGUCUGAUAGCUCUGUCUCGAUUUCUCAACGGAAUAAUGCAGUAGAAUUACUAGUAACGUCACCUGCUUCUUCUUCCUCCUCUUCUUUUCCUUUUUCUUUAUCUUCUCCUCCCCCUUCUACGGCUUCUUUUCCUUCUUCCUCUUCCGCUCCUCUUGAAUCUACAUCAUCGUCAUCAUCAUCAUCAUCAUCACCAUCAUCAUCAUCAUCAUCAUCAUCGUCGUCGUCAUCGCCAUCAGCAUCAUCAUCAUCAUCAUCAUCAUCAUCAUCAUCAUCAUCAUCACCAUCAUCAUCAUCGGGUCUGACACCGGCACCGGUAUCUGCAUCAUCAUUAGCACCGGCAUCGACAUCGACAUUGACAUCGGCGUCAGCAUCGAUGCCGACGCCGACGCCGACGCCGACGCCGACGCCGACGCCGACGCCGACGCCGACGCCGACGCCAACAUCGACAGCGACACCGACACCGACACCGACACCGACAUCGACACCGGCAACGGCAACGGCAACGGCAACGGCAUCGGCAUCGGCAUCGGCAUCGGCAUCGGCAUCGGCAUCGGCAUCGGCAUCGGCAUCGGCAUCGGCAUCAGCCCCGCCACCGGCACCGGUAUCAUCAUCAUCAUCAACAUCUAUUUUUUCCUCUUCCCUCCCGUCUUAUUCCGUACCGUUUAAGCAUCGUCAAAUUAGUAACGCUAGUAGUGAAGAUCCGGGAUAUGAAAAAGUGAGAUUAAAGAAGAGACCUGAAAUAGAUCUAGACACAGAUUCAGAACCAAAUUAUGAAAGUAUGCCACAUGAUUCAGGAGAACCUAAUUAUGCGUCAGUUUGUCGACCUGUAGAUAGUGACACUGAUCCUAACUAUGAAUCUGUUAAUCACGGUGAUCCCAAUUAUGAAACCGUGAAAUAUAUGAGUGUUAAUUGUUCUGAAGAACCACCGUACGAACUAAUGAAUACAUAUAAAACCGAACAUAAUACAAAUGGAUAUGAGAAAAUAAAAAAACAUAUAUUAUUUAAUGUUGAUUAUGAACAGAUACAUCAGAAUCAUUCUACUGACUCGAUUAAUGGGGAUACCGAUGAUGAACAAUAUGUGCAAGUCUAGUUGGAUAUUUUCAUUCGUUUUCUAUUUGUUAUUCUCUUUUUAUCCACUUAAUUUUCCUGCCUUCUUUAUACUCUGUUUUGUAUUCUAUAUUGAUAUGUAGUAGGUCUGAAAUGAAAAAUUGAUUUUACUAAAUAUGUCCCCCUUGGACUUCAAGUAAUU